AAAAGAUCAGCCAGGGCUUGGGGGCCAAUUGCUUGCCAUGGCCGCUUUCGGGUUGGGGGUGUGGCCGAGCUUGGCGUGACGCCAUGCGGCGCAUCUACCCUCAGGUGCUGCAGACCGAGCAGGCCAUCCAGGAGCUGCGGUGGGAGAUCUCCGAGUUCGAGGCCCAGUCCAAAGAGCAGCACGCGGAGCUGAACCAGGCGAGCCACCAGAUCCAGGACCUGCGCAGCUCCCUGGGCGCCGUGGAGCGCCGGAAGGCGGUGCGCCGGGACGCCAUCGCGAACUCGCGGGCGGAGAGUCGGCAGUUGGAGGCGGAGACUUCGGAGGCGCGAAGCGACGAGCGAAGGAUCAAAGAGCAGCUGGGGAGCUUCGCCAAGGAGACCGAGGUGCAUCGCCAUUUGCUGCAGCGCGCUGCUGCUGUGCGGCGGAAUUGGCUGGAAGAGCAGCAAAGCAACGAGCUGAGCGCUCAACUGCUGCGGCAGGACGCCACUGGACUGCGGGACAGAUGCGGCAGCACCCAGCAGGAGCUGGAGGUGGUGGAAAGGGAGAACGACGGCCUGGAGAGCGAGUUGGAUGGUGCCUUGUUCCACAGCAUCCGGCAAAGGCGCUUCACGGCCAUGGAGGAAACCGAGGCCUCCACACAGUUCGACAACACCUGCGAGGCCAAAGCUUUGAAUUCCCAUGGCCAGCGCCAGUUGGAGGGGCUGCAGAGCUGCCGGGAGUAUCUGACAGAGCGCCUGCGGAACAUGGUGCAGGCCAGGCGCGAUGGGGACGCACUGGACCUGCGGCUGGCGGAGAACUGGGACCAGCACAACUCGCUGCAGUACUCAUGGCGCCAGCUGUGCCAAACCGUUCAGGUCCGAAGCCUCGUGCUGGAGGAGGUGAACAGUGACCACGCGCAGCUUUCAAGAAAACUGGAGGAGUCUGAGUGCCAAGCUGACCUGGCAGAGGAGGAGGCCCGAAGCUUGACACGGCAGAAGGAGGAGCAGCAUGCCAUGUGCCGGGGGGAGGAGGAGGAGGUGGCGAGCGCGGAGGCCAAGAUGCGGCAGGUGGAGGAAAUGCUUCAGGGUGAGCAUAGGGAGGCCGAGGCGGAGGUGCAGGCGGCGUCUGGGCACCGUGCGGGACAAAGCGAGAAGGUGGACAAGCUGCAGGCUCACAUCUCGGACAACCUGCAGUCGCAGCUGAAGGGCCUGGACGACGAGAACCGGCAUUUGCAGAGCCGGAUCGCCUUUUUCGAGAAGGACACCGAGGAUUUGUUGGCGCAAAACGAGGAGCUGGAGCGGACCAUGGAGGAGGUGAAGAAGAAGAUGAACUGCACCAUCUCAUAGCACUUGGGUGUCGUGAAUGGCCUAGCUGAAGCUGAUAAAGCGUGUAGGCUUCCAACUUUUUGCGUUGCGACUCCAGAGCCGAGUGGCACUAGCACAGCCAGGCAAGAUGAGAAGCAUCUAAGAGCCAACAUGCGCAACAUGCUUCAUUUCGAAGGGAGGGAAGCUACUUGCCAUUUGAAGGCAUGGGCCCUCAUGGGCCAAACCAAAAUGCCGCUGUGGGAAUGUUUUCGGGAUGCGGCCAAGCCGCAAGGUGCGGAACCGGGCCGCUCGCUCGGAAGCCUGGGGUUCCUUAUGCUUCGCAACAAAGAAAUGCGCGCCUUUGGC